GUAUGUCCGGUCUCGGGCCGACAUCCUCCCGAGCGAUCGAUCUCGCGUAACGCAUUACGUGCGUAUAGGAUCUCGGCGGGGCCGUUCCCUCUCGACGCGGCACACGUGAGAUCACCUCGUUCUCGGUUCGUUGGCAACAGCUAUAAAAGAUGUUGCAGUCGGAACAGGACGGCAGUGCGCAGUGCGAAAAGGACAUGUCGGCGUCCAAGAGCAGCUCGUUGUCGCGCCUGAAUCAGGAGGGCCGUCGCGGCUCCGCCGACUGGCAGGACCACGGCGACACCGACUCGGAGAUCAGCGAGAACGACUUCCUCACCAAGGGCGCCUUCCUGCUCACCCCCAGCCACGAGCUGAGCAUGGAGAAAGCCGCUACCAUCUGCGAGAAAAUGAACUUCCGAGGCGCAUUUUCUUUGACGAAGACCGCCACCGGCAUUCUCUUCAAGUUUAGCAACAUCGACGACUUUCAAGCGGUGUAUAAAAAGGGCUUCCAUAAAGUAACGGGUGCCCGCUUUUACAAGAAGGUCGCUAUACCGUGUAGACCGGCGAAGAUCUUCACCGUCUACGUUCUAGAUGUGCCCGAGGAGCUGCCGGAGGAUGAUAUUAGGCACGCUCUCUACAAAUAUCGAUCUAUCGUCGAAGUAACCAGGCUACCCCUGAACACGGGAACUGUUUUGAAGGCCAUCAAUGACAAGCUAAAGAGCGACGCGCAGAAUCUGAACGAGCCCGCGACGAUUUAUACGGGACCACCCGUUAUAAGGGUUACUCUGGCCAGCGUGGAGGAGACCUCGAUGUUGCUGAGCCGUGGUUUGGAUUUUUAUGGGGCCACAUAUUUCCCCACCGAAACGCCCCAUCCAGCCGCUCAACCCCUCGCCAAAUACAAAAACAACAGAUGGAUCGAGCUGGCGUCGAUCGGCGCAGGACAAAGAGUGAGGGACCUACUUCCGGUCUUUGACAACGCAGGCUUCAACAAAUUGCCACCUCCGGCGAGCCGUGUAAUAAAACCACAAAGAAACUGACACGUCCCCCGGCCGGCACCCCGAAUUCUUCGACCGCCGCCGUCGCCGCCGCCGCCGCGAUCGAUAGCGGCGACGAAUUGAGGGAGGACGCCACCGCGAGGACGACGCUACGACUCGACGACGACGCUAACGCAGACUACCUCGAUCGAAAUUCGAACAGUGGCAUGAGGAUCUGUUUCGAGUGAUUUCAGCGCGAUUCUAAUCCUCCGUCAAUCGCGGUGUUUGGAAGAAGGUCAGCAAUCGUACAUUUAUGAGAUAAAACAUGAGACAAAAUACAGAAAACUAUUUUUCUUGAAACAAAUAAUCAAAUAAAAAUAGUGGAAUCUUAGGAGAAAUCUAGUUCAAAAAUGCAUACGUUGUCUUUUUUAAAAUAGAAACAAAGUGAUUCAGUUAUCUUGUUCAUAGAAGAUACAAUAAUUAAUGUAUAUAUAAAUAAUUAUUCAGUAUUACUAAUUAAAAUAUUAAUUUAUUUGUAAGUAGAUCGCAGAAAAAUCCGAAAAUUUUCACGGUGAGUCUGUUCAGGUGGAUAAAAACACGUAUUGAGCAGCUUCGCGUGUACUAAUAUGUUAUUCAAGCCAAUUGAUGUGAACAACAUUCUUUCAUUCAAGUGAAAGAAAAAAUAAUAAUAUUCUCUGACAACAACAAAGUCAAAUGGUGCUUGAAAGUUUUGAACUGUCUUUAAGUCCAAAAAUUUGGAAAUUGUUAGUUUGAAUAUAGAACUUAUGAAAAUAUUAGCUAAACGUAGGAA